GUGUCCUCCGUCACGUGACGGGGUCAGCAGCUUCGGGGUUAGCUCGCUCAGCUAGCAGCUAGCUAAGUGUUAGCAUUCAUUCGGACACUACCUGCCAUCCAGUACGGAAAGUAACUCGGCUCAUAGUCUCCGUCCUCCAGCGGCACACUUUUAGCGGUACCGGCCUCGUUCACACCACCAUCUCCGCUUCCCGGUCGUCCCCGGCUCUCCGUCCUCCUGGUCCGGACAGGUCGUUACACCCGAAACAUGUCGGCGGUGCAGCGGAUGAAAGUGGCGAACGAGCGGCACAGCAAAACCAUCACACAGAGGGGACACGUCCAGAAGACAUCGCGGCCCGUAAACGAUGAUAAGUCUCCAGUGGGUCCGUGGCUGCUGGCCCUGUUCGUCUUUGUGGUUUGUGGAUCAGCCAUUUUCCAGAUCAUCCAGAGCAUCAGGCAGGGCAUGUGAUGACCUAUGACCCCGGAGCUGAGCCUGUCACAUGGAGGAGUGGGGGGGGGCACAUGUCGCCAUCAUGACCCUGCCCACUAUGCACAAAUACACACACACACACACACUUGUUCCUGUGGAGUUUAAAUCUGAGCUCGUUUUUCUUCCCACUGUAAACCAACUCCCCUCUCUCUCU